GCUGUUUCCGGCCACCUCAGCGGGAAGCGGAGACGCAAGCAGUUGUCUCUUAGGGAACUGAGGUAGAGGUGUGACUGCUGCUGCAGCGGAGGAAGUGAGGACGACGCCCCGGGCCAGUGUUGGGUCCCUGAAGCCAGUGAAAAUGGUGUUACUGACGAUGAUCGCCCGAGUGGCAGACGGGCUUCCGCUGGCCGCCUCCAUGCAGGAGGACGAACAGUCUGGCCGGGACCUUCAACAGUAUCAGAGCCAGGCUAAACAACUCUUUCGAAAGUUGAAUGAACAGUCCCCUACCAGGUGUACCUUGGAAGCAGGAGCAAUGACUUUUCACUAUAUUAUUGAGCAGGGAGUGUGUUAUCUGGUUUUGUGUGAAGCUGCCUUCCCUAAGAAGUUGGCUUUUGCCUACCUAGAAGAUUUGCACUCAGAAUUUGAUGAACAGCAUGGGAAAAAGGUGCCUACUGUGUCUAGACCUUACUCCUUUAUUGAGUUUGAUACCUUCAUUCAGAAAACCAAGAAGCUGUACAUUGACAGUCGUGCUCGGAGAAACCUAGGCUCUAUCAACACUGAAUUGCAAGAUGUGCAGAGAAUCAUGGUGGCCAAUAUUGAAGAAGUGUUACAACGAGGAGAAGCACUCUCAGCAUUGGAUUCAAAGGCCAACAAUUUGUCCAGUCUGUCCAAGAAAUACCGCCAGGAUGCGAAGUACUUGAACAUGCGUUCCACUUAUGCCAAACUUGCAGCAGUAGCUGUAUUUUUCAUCAUGUUAAUAGUGUAUGUGCGAUUCUGGUGGCUGUGAAGUAGUGAAUCCAGUCAUUGAUAAGGGAGAACCUAGAACCUGGCAGGUGUAAGUUUUCAGGAAGCUGAGCUCACAGAAAUGUGUAUUAGAAUCCAAGUGGAACUUCUGCCUCUAAAGACCUUGCAAGAAAAGACAUCCUGAAAAUGAAAGAGUACGCCUCAUUUAAUGAAGCUUAACCCUUUGUGGAAAGUCUCUUUUGGGGGCAGAGGCUUUCUCUGGGUGCUAAGCCAUAUAUGUUAGGGAACAGUAGAUUGUUUUAUUUUGUUUUUUCCCUCCCAGUACAUUUUUAACAGCACUGACUGGGCAUUCUCAUUCUCUAAUGGAGCCAUUAGUGAGAUUUAAGGUAGCCAAUCUGUGCUAGCAAUAUUCUGAAAUUCCUUCAAAGAAGGCAACCCUUUGGGAAGUUCUUUUGACUUUAAUCAACAUUCCUUUUGUUGGUGACAUUUGUGAUUUUCAGUAAUCUGAGUUUUUUCUGCCUUUCAAACAAGACUUCAAGUAUGUGAAGGUUAAUUACUGUGCUGCACCAAUCCUGUCUGUUGGCCCCUAUAGGAGUUAACCUUUGUUGUUUUCCUUUUAUGAUAUUUUGCUUGUUGCACAAUUGCUGUAGGGUUAAAUGAAUUAUAUUAAGAUGCCUUGAAAUUAUAAAGCACUCCUUGAUUAAGAAGCUAAAAUUUUUCUCUUAUUUACUCUUUAAACAAAAGACUUAGUUUGGGACAUUAUUAAUUUUAUUUCUCAGCUUUUUGCUUAUAUUAUUAUAAAAGCAGAUAUAGCAUAGGAUUGCUAGAGGCCCCUAGCUUAAAGAGAAGGCCCAGCUCAGUACUACAGCUUUGUCUUGCCCCCUUACUUACAUUAUAGUUUUCCCCACUCUGUUUUUUUUUUUUUUUCCUGCUAACGUUUUAAAAAUUCCCCUUUAUCCAUUAGUUUCAUGUCCCAUGAACAUCCUUUCAGGAUAUUGUCACAUUUCAAAAUGGAAACUGUUAGGCUAUAUAGUUAAUUAAAUUUGAAAUCUCUGCAGAUGAACUAAUCAUACUGCUACAUUUAUCUAAGCAAAUCUGAGAGCACCUCAUUCCUGUUUCAGUUUAUGCAAAGUAUUCAAGAAUGUUCUAAAGAUAGAAAAUACAUUUACAAUGACUUCUAUUAACCAAUAAAAGUAACUAUAAUUUUUUUUUCCUUUUUCACUCAGGGAUAUUGGGGAUUUCCUUUUACCUUCUGACAUGGAAUUUUUUAAAAGGGGAUAAUAGGCCUUUUGAAUAUUAAUGCCAGUGUCUACAAUAUAACCUAUAACUCUUACACAUACUGCAAAUAUUUCUUUAAACUAUACAGGAAAAUAAGCCAACUUCUUAACAUCUUUAGAGGGAACUUUUAACUAGUAAGCAGUUUUAUAACCUUAAAGGAUCAUCAGAACCACUGUUCUGAUUCCUGAUAGGAAAAAAAUAAUCUCAUUUCCUUAAAACAAGGGAAGUAGAAAUGCUUAUUUUAUUUCUGAUAACUUAACAGAACUAGGAUUUUUUCUUCUAUUAUAGAUCUAUAUCUGCCAAUUAGAGUUUUAUGCAUGAAAUAUGAGGUUUCUUUUAUAGAGAAUAAGUGCUUUUAAGUCCCUAAAAGGCAUAUGACAAUUGGUAAUAAAACUGAAAACCUAAGUGGUAGUACCAUAGCAUUUGGUGCUUUUGUAGGAGUGGAGAGUAGCACCUUAUUGUUGAGAAGUUGCAUGCUGCAACCUAAUGGUCAGCAAUGAAAUAAAUCCUUCUAGAAUGUU